UCUCCCUCCGUUUAGCAGAACUUCCAGUCCAGGCUCAGACGAUGGCCCAACAAAGCGAAAUUCCCAUAAACUCCAUGAUACCCACCGUCCCUCAAAUUCAGCCACCGCCUCCGCCCCAACCACCACAGCCACCCAGGCAACCGGACCUGUCCUCAACUGCCAAGCGCCGCCGCGAUGAUGAAGGGGAUGCCGCAGCCCCGGGAGAGACUGAAGAAUCUGCUCCAAAACGGCAGGCGAAAGCUCAGGACGUAAUUUUCCGUAUCGUGGUUCCUUCGAGGCAGAUCGGCAAAGUCAUUGGAAAGGGAGGCCAUAGAAUCCAGAAGAUUCGAGAAGAUACCAAAGCAACCAUCAAGAUCGCUGAUGCAAUUGCUAGAUUUGAGGAACGUGUUAUCAUCAUAAGUUCCAAAGAUAAUGAAAAUAUGGUUUCUGAUGCUGAGAACGCCCUCCAGCAAAUAGCUAAUAUAAUCCUAACGGAAGAUGAUGCUGGGGGUGAGUCAGCGGGUGCAGUCAGUGCAGGACAUGUGGCUGCUAAUACUAUAAGACUUUUGAUUGCGGGGUCCCAAGCAGGCAGUCUAAUUGGGAUGUCUGGUCAAAACAUUGAGAAAUUGAGGAGUUCAUCUGGUGCCACAAUUGCAAUUCUUGCCCCGAAUCAGUUGCCUCUCUGUGCUUCUGCGUAUGAAUCAGAUAGAGUCGUGCAGAUAUCUGGUGAUGUUCCUGCUGUUUUAAAGGCUCUGAAAGAGAUUGGUUAUCAGCUCAGGGAAAACCCGCCUCGGCAAGUGAUCUCAAUAAGUCCAGCAUACAAUUAUAGCUUGAUUCAGCCAGCUCAGCCAUAUAUGGAUCCAACUUCAGGACAACCAAUCUUGCAGCUGACUAUGUUACAUUCACGAUGAUGAUCUCGGAAACAAUGGUCGGUGGAUUAAUCGGCAGGUGUGGCUCCAAUAUUUCAAGGAUCAGAAGUGAGUCUGGGGCGAUGAUAAAGGUAAGUUGAUCUCCAAUUGUUUUAUGGGCAAAUUAAAUCUUGCUACUGUUUGAAAGCUUUAUGUUACAGAAUACAGAGUUAUGCUCUCAAAUUAUGUACAGUAGUACAACUCAUACAGAAAGUCUUGGCUUCUGAUCAGAUUAACUUGCCUGGGCUUCUGUUUCUGAUUUUACAGGUUUAUGGUGGGAAAGGUGAACAAAAACACAGGCAUAUCCAGUUUGGUGGCAGUGCUCAGCAGGUUGCAUUAGCCAAGCAGAGGGUUGAUGAAUACAUAUAUUCUCAGUUGAUACAAGAACAAGCUGUUACUGAACAAACAGGGGCAUAUUCUUUUGGGGCAUUGCCAAGCUAAUGACUUAGCAUUCUUCUCAUCCCACUCCUCACAAGGAUUAUAAAGCUGAGCUACUUCCUUUUCUGCAUGUGAUGCAUUACUUUUAGCACAGUAGGCUCGAAUGUGUUUCAUGUGGUUAGGUUGCUUUUUUCUCCAUGGACGGACGUUGGUGCCCCAGGUUUUAAUCUCUAGGUUUUUUUUUUAAUCCCUGUUCUAUCUCCCUUAAGGAAGGAAAUCUUGUAUUCUAAUUAUCACCUUUGCAAAAGAUUCACAAAGCAAAACAAAUUGACGAACACAAGCAACUUAACUAUUCUGUAAAGUGGAAUGGUUGUUGGUAGGCGUCAAGCCGUCAGGCUUUAUCAUGUGGAAGACCUGCUUUUUAUCUUUG